CCCUUCACCUAACUGGCUAACUCCAUUCUCUCCGGCCCUCCCUUAAUAAGAACCCUCUUCUCCUUCCCAAACAUAUCAAACACUUGUGCAAGCAAAACACUACAAGUCUACAACGAUGACCAAACAGGCGGCUGUCUUCUCCCUCUCGCUCACUCUACUUGUUUUUAUCUUCCAAUGCAGCACAACUUUAGCCCAGGCCCCCGACAUCAUUGAAAUCCUCGAAAAGCCCGGCAGGUUCACGGUGCUAGUACGCCUUUUAAAGAACACCGGAGUGGCAAACCAACUCAACGGGGAGCUCCAGAAAUCAAACACUGGCUACACCUUUUUUGCUCCACCUGACGAGGCAUUUUCGGGCCUCAGAUCGGGCGCUAUAAAUUCUCUGAGCGACCUACAAAAGGUCCAACUUCUUCAGUUCCAUAUCCUAGCCACAUUUGUUUCUCUGCCAAACUUCCAAACUUUGAGCAAUCCAGUGCCGACCCAGGCCGGAGAUACCAGCGCAGGGGAGUUCCCACUAAAUGUGACCUCUUCCGGCAAGGAUGUGGGGCUCGCGACUGGCGUUGUCAAUGCCACAAUAGGAACUACAGUAUAUUCAGAUGAUGAGCUGGCUGUUUACCAGGUGGACAAAGUGCUUCUUCCUCUGGAUAUUUUCCGUGAUUAUAAGCCUCCGGAACCGGUUCCAGAGAGCCCUCCUGUUGCUGCUAAAGUCCACGAGUCUGGCGCCUUGAGCCUCACCUGCCAUGGAAUGUUGGCCGUGUUCCUUGGAAUUGCUGCGAAUAUUGCUGCAUUUUCUUUGUGACCAAGUAUCUCCUAGAUACUUUGGUGGGGUCUGAUUGUCUUCUUCUUUGUGUUUUUGCUGAGUUGGAUUGAGCGGUCGUGAUCGACUCCGAGUGUUUCUUUUCUUUUUCAUUUUUUUUCUUUUUCAAAUCUUUUCUCCCAUCCUUUCACAUUUCCAGUCCUGGUCCUCUUUCUUUGGCGAUAAUUGCCUCAGGCUGUGAAAAGUGACCAGAUUUGUGCUGAAUCAAAAUUCAUAUCGGCAAAUCUUAACCUUUUGAUCACGAUCGAAGAGCUCCAAUUUGUCUAUUGGGAGUAUUUCCAUGCCUAUUCUGUCAUUUCCUACUUCUUGCACUCAA